AUGCAACCCCUGCUGCUGCUCGCCCGGCGGCGCGGCGCAUUCCUCGGCUCCCUUUCACCCGUCGCGGCCGCAGCGGCGGCGGCCCUCCCUGGGAGGCGCAGCUUCAACACAGCUGCCGGCCCCAAGGCGGAUUCGUUCUCUCCCAUCCUCCCGGACUCCCGCCCUCCGGACUGCGCAGCGCCCCUCGGAUCCGAAUCGCCGGUGCCCCUCAGAGCCAGGCAGAUGCCGCACCUCGACCGCCGCAUCGGCUUCAUGGGCAGCGGCCAGAUGGCGGAAGCCCUGGCCAAGGGUCUGAUCAACAAGGGCGUCGUGUCGCCCGACCAGAUCGUCUGCACCGACCCCGUGGCCGCCAGGAAGGAGCUUUUCCAGAGUUUUGGGGCCACCGCCUAUGAGACCACGCUCGAGGUUGGUUCGGGGUCGGGCGGUUUGAGGGACGUCGUCCACAACGCAGACGUGCUGUUUGUGGCUGUGAAGCCGCAGUACGUCGGUCCAGUCCUGUCGGAGGCGCGCCCCCACCUCAACGGCAGGCGCGUGCUGCGCCCCGCGCCGCGUGGCGAAUUUUCACAAGGCAAACCGCACCUGAUCGUGUCGAUUGCGGCCGGAGUCACCGUUGAGAAGCUGCUGGAAGCUGCCGGCCCCGAGGCCCAUGUGGUACGGGUGAUGCCCAACACGCCCUGCCUGGUCGGGGAGACGGCGGCGGCGAUGUGCGUCGGCGGCAAGGUGCGUGUUGACCCUGCUGACCUCAAUGCUUGCUUGUCGAAACGGUACAAUGGGUAG